AUGAAUCGUGGAUGUGUUUUAGUAAACAUGGUUGAAGAAAGGGACAAAGAAAACAUCAGUCCUAGCUUACUAACCCAACCAGAUACUAGACAAGAGUUUGAACCAAUAAUACAAAAGGAGAGAGAUUCAUCUAACGCAACUCAUGCAGCCUUAUCCGUGGAUGAUAAAUCUAUUCCGAGCACAUCUAAACAACAGCAGGCUAGUACACCAAAUUAUUAUAUUUCACCAAUCCAAAGUGACCAAAGUGACUUUGAUGACUCAGGUGAGGGAUCCCAAUUUCCAAUUGAAUAA